ACUCCAAGCAAGCUCAACAUUGUCUUGCGUCGCUUACAACACAUACACCUUCGCAACCGUGACAAACUACUAUAAUCGCGAUACUACGAAAGCAAUCUUGACUGCAAACUGCGUCGCUCGCAACGUAAUAGCUGCCCCAUUGAUUGUUUCGUUGAUAAAAGGGCAUUGAUAUCAACUGUCACUCGACAUCAGCGGCGUGGACUCCCGCGGCCGGGACUGGCCGCCCGGUCGGCACAACGAGUGUGCCAGACCUCGGACGGCCAAGACAUUCGAGCAGCGGGCCCAGGCGGGCCUUGUGAAGCGUUGUCAUGGCGGGAAGCAGCGAGCUGGACCGGUGGAUUGAGCAGCUGAAGAAAUGCGAGCCGCUCAAGGAGUCCGACGUUAAGACGCUAUGCCAAAAGGCUCUUGAGAUUUUAGUGGAGGAGAGCAAUGUACAGCGCGUCGACGCCCCCGUCACCGUAUGCGGCGACAUCCACGGUCAGUUCUAUGACCUUAUGGAGCUGUUCCAGGUCGGAGGCGACUGCCCCAUGACCAACUACCUGUUCAUGGGCGACUUCGUGGACCGCGGCUUCUACAGCGUGGAGACCUUCCUGCUGCUACUGGCGCUCAAGGUCCGAUACCCAGACCGCAUCACGCUCAUACGCGGCAACCACGAGAGCAGGCAGAUCACACAGGUGUAUGGCUUCUACGACGAGUGCCUCCGGAAGUACGGCAGCGUGAAUGUGUGGCGGUACUGCACGGACGUGUUCGACUACCUCAGCUUGUCAGCGGUGAUCGACAACUCGAUCUUUGCGGUGCAUGGUGGCCUUUCACCCACCAUCUCCACUCUGGACCAGAUCCGCACCAUUGACCGCAAGCAGGAGGUGCCGCACGACGGCGCCAUGUGCGAUUUGCUGUGGUCCGACCCCGAGGACAUUGAGGGCUGGGGCCUGUCGCCGCGCGGCGCCGGCUUCCUGUUCGGCGCGGACGUGUGCCGCGCCUUCACCGAGGCCAACAAGAUCGAUCUCAUCUGCCGCGCACACCAGCUGGUGAUGGACGGCUACAAGACCAUGUUCAGCGACAAGCUGGUGACGGUGUGGUCGGCGCCCAACUACUGCUACCGGUGCGGCAACGUGGCGGCGAUCAUGGAGGUGGAUGAGCACCUCAGCAAGAACUACAAGGUGUUCGAGGCGGCACCGCAGGAGGUGCGCGGCAUUCAGUCCAAACGCGCCGCGCCAGACUACUUCUUGUAACAGCCGGAGCUGGUGAUGGGCUUGCAUAGUGGGGCUAGGGGGGAGGGGAGCUCGGCUGGCUUAUGUGGCGGCGUCGGGUACGGCGAUGGCGGUGGCGGGUGCCAUGGCGGCGGCGAUGGUACUGCGAGCGACGCGAAAGCUGCUAGUUGUGGGUAGAGAAUAAGGACGGGAAGUAAAGAGGGCAAAGCAAUGUGUUCCUGUGCCGAAGAGAACUGCUACUGGUGUCGAUGUGGAGCAGCCGCACGUAAGACGCAGCGGGAGUUGCAAGGCCGAUGCGUGCGUUGGGACCGUUGCCUGUGGUGGACGUCGGUGGCAGCUUGCCGUGGAUUUGGGUGAUAACAGGACCUCUGCCCUGACAGCUGCUAGACCUGUGGGAGCUGUGGGCACGCCUGACUACUAUGUGUGGAGUCAGGACGCGGCCGAUGCGCACACGGAUUCGGCCCACUGUCAGAGGCUACGGGUGGUUGUUCGGGUUGUGUGCUCUGGCGCUGUGGGGCAUGCUCAAGUUCCGGCCAGGUCUGCUGCGGAUGUAUUCGCACGUGUGGAUGUCAUGUGGCGUGGAUGCAUGGCAGCGCCCGGUGUGAGGCUCGGGUGCAGUACUAACAGUUGCAGUUGAUGUGGUGCCUGUGAUGCAUGGCUUGCGGAAGUAAGUAACUGUGUUCGGUCCCGGCCGCGAGCACGUAUGGUCUGCGGCAUUGAUCGCGGCUUGUGCAGAGCUGCAGAGCGUGAUGGUGGGGGGGGGUCCUACUGAACCUCCAAACCCCAUGUCCCAAAACCUCGACCUCCCC